AUGCCUGACGACAAAGGCCCACAGAUCACUGCCGUGUCCUGGAGCUUUGGAAGCGUGGCGAUCAUAGUCGUCGCCAUUCGGUUGUACACCCGGCUAAUACUGACUCGCAAAGCAGGCUGGGACGACUUCUUUAUUGUUCUUUCCUUGUUGAGCGCUGUUGUAUGUUCAGGGUUAGCGCAAACCGGCGUGCAUUAUGGGCUGGGGAAACACAUGGCCGAUAUUUCCAAUGGGGAAUGGAAAAUCGAGGCCUUCAAAUAUACCGUCAUCGCACCCAACUUCUCCAUGGUCAGCACCACAACAGGCAAGCUAUCGGUGGCCGUCUUCCUGCUGCGCUUAAUGGGCCAGACAGCGUCCCUGGCAAAACGAUGGUUCCUGUAUAUCUUCAGUGUAAUAUCCAUUGCUUGGAAUGUGCUGGCCAUCAUUGCCAUUAUGGGGUACUGCCGGCCUGCGGAGAAGAUCUGGCGGCCAGAGGUUCCCGGCUCCUGCUUUAGCUUGAAGUUUCAGCUGAUUGCUGGGAUAUCGCAAGCCUCAUUCAACGCUUUCGCCGACCUUACCUUGGCCUUGUUUCCAGUCAUCAUUUUCUGGUCCGUCCAGCUGCCCUGGAAAAUGAAGCUAGGGGUUAUAGCUGUCAUGGGCGCGGGAAUCCUGGCGGCGGCAGCAACCUUGGUCAAGGCUAUUCUUCUAAAAAGCCUCCCGGUCCAUUCAGACAUAACCUGGUCAUGGGCCGAUAUUACAACAUGGUACUCGAUUGAGAUGUACGUUAUCAUAAUCUGCGCCACUCUCCCUACCCUCCGACAAUCAUACAACUUUGCCUUGCAUCGAACACGCUACGCAGGUUCAUACUACAAACGCUCCCACUCCGAAGCAGCAGCAGCAAGACAGAAACCAAUUCCUCUCGCUCGUCGUCAACCCGAUCAGUCACUUUUCGAUACAUUCGCUGAUGAGACCGGCUUGGUGAAUGUAGCUUCCAACGAAGAUAGUUUUGUCUCCCCCGGAAGAUGUUCGGACCAUACGAUCAUCACUAAGACUACCGAGAUUGAGGUCCACGAGGAAAAUAAGUCCAGACGGGAUAUCGAGAAUCCUCAUUUCCCGCGUACGAAUCCGUUUAGGACGCAUCAGUAG